CAAUAAAGCUUCGGUUUUGGUGACCCUGAAUCCCAACAACAACAACAACAACAACAGCUUCAAGCGCAGUCUUCUUGACUUGUAAGGAACUCGACUCAUGGCGCCAGUCUUCGUCGGGUGUGGACGUCUCUCUUUCGCCUGAAUUGCAUCAGUUGAGAGCAUAUUCAGUCCUGCAUCAGAAAAAUUUCAUUAAGAAAGUCAUAAUGCCAAAUAAGCAAUAUAGGCUCAUGAUAUUUUGGGGAUUUUGUGCUCUCAACCUUUGUCUCAGUAAGGAAGAAUGCACAGUACCACAGGAAGAUGAAACUACAUGUGGAUGUGCUGCCACAAGCAGGAGAAGACCUGAAAGCAUUGUUGAAAUUGAUGAACCUGAUGAUAAAACAACAGAGAAUUCUCUGAAUACUGCACCAAGUUUUAAAUAUAGUAAGGCUGUCAACAUAGUGGAUGACUCUGAUUGUACCCACCAAAUGGUUGAAAUUCCUGGUGGCAAAUUCAUAAUGGGCACCAAUGACCCCAUUUUUCAUGCUGAUGGUGAGCACCCUGCCAGAUGGAUAGAGAUAGAUACUUUUUAUAUGGAUGCUCAUGAAGUAUCUAAUGCAGAAUUUGAGAGGUUUGUUAAUGCAAACAGCUACAAGACAGAAGUAAGUGGUUUAUGGAUAGAGAUAGAUACUUUUUAUAUGGAUGCUCAUGAAGUAUCUAAUGCAGAAUUUGAGAGGUUUGUUAAUGCAAACAGCUACAAGACAGAAUUUCCAGAUCGUAUGGAUCAUCCAGUUGUUCAUGUGUCUUGGAAUGAUGCAGUAGCUUUUUGCACAUGGAUGGACAAGCGACUCCCUACAGAAGCUGAGUGGGAACGUGCUUGCAGAGCUGGAAAACAGGAGAGGCUGUUUUCUUGGGGCAAUAAAUUUACACCAAACAAUCAGUACAGGGCAAACAUAUGGCAGGGAACCUUUCCUAAGGAAGAUACGGGACUUGAUGGAUGGGCAGGCCGAUGUCCAGUUACUUCUUUCCCUCCCAAUGGAUACGGCUUGUAUAAUAUGCUGGGCAAUGUUUGGGAAUGGACAAAUGACUGGUGGCAAGUUAGCCAUUCUCCAAGUCUUGAGACUAAUCCACGGGGGGAAAAACGCGGGGAGAAGAAAGGGUUUAAAGAAGGGGGGUAUUUAUUUGAAACCAAGGGGUACUGCUACAGGUAUCGAUGUGCUGCGAGAAGUCAAAACACCCCAGAUAGCUCUGCUGGUAACCUUGGAUUCAGAUGUGCUGCUGAUAAACUCCCACACUACCUCAAGAAAUUGUAGUCAUGUCUAAAUUGUUUAUUAGAAUAUACUUUACUCAUUGUGCAACUUUUUGCAAGAGUGCAUUAGUCCCUACCUUUUAGUCAACCAAGUCUUCCAAAAUCUUACAUACAGUAUUUCUGUGCUUAUUUUUCUAAAGUCCUGCAGAAAUAUCUAACUCAACAUAUUGGAUUGUAAUUUACAGGGGAAACAUCCCAAAAGGCUAAAUGAAUAGGAUAGGAUGGGAGGGAUGGAGGGUAAUUAGAUUCGAUCCAAGGAAGGAGACAAAAGGUCUAAUUCCUCAGAGCAAGAGCCCCUCAUCACAUGAAGGGCUUGAUAUAUGUAGCCAUAAUUGCUAAUUAUUUUCAGCAAAAUAAAAUUUUGUAUGUCCUUUUUGCCUGCACUCUGCUACAACUAUGACCCAUCUCAGCCUAUUUUAUCAUUGUCCUCUCCUCAACAUCUCUGCCACUCUCCCCCAUGCAGAAUAUGCUACCAUUGUACACAACAUGCCACCACUCUUCACAACAUACUACCAAAGUACAAGACAUGCUACUACCAUCCUCCACAAAAUACCACUCCCCCACCACAACAUGCUAUACCACCAUUCAUAAUGUAUUACCACUGUAAACAUACCAUUAUUAUUCACAUGCCAGCACCCUCCAUGACAUACUACCACUGUACACAAGCCACCACCCUCUACAACAUGCUACCAUAACUUUCUAGACAUACUACAACUCUCCAUAACAUCGCCACACUCAGCAGCAUACUACCAUACACAACAUGCCACAACCAUCCACAACAUACCAUACUACCAUACGUAAUAUGCCACCAUCCUCCACAACCUGCCACUAACACCCAAAAUAGGCUACUAUCAUUCUGAACAUGCCACCAUACUCUACAACAUACCAACACUCCACAAUGUCACUACUCUUCAUACAUUCCCUUUAAGGUAGUGUUCAUGAAGGGCUCUUAAUUCAAGGAAUUAGUGUUACUUUCCUCUUUGAUCAAACAUCAUCAUAAUAAUGAGGGGCAUAUGUUGUGGACCUGGGACUGGGGAAAUAAAAGUAAUUAAGGAAAAAGCAGUUA